GCGCAAAGUUCCCCACUUUCCACACCCAACGUCCCAAUAGAAUCCCGCCACGUCAGCAAGAUCCCCAACAGAACCACACCCUAUAAAACCCUCUCCAAAGAACAAAUGACAAAUCACAGCCGAAACGUGCGCCCGUGGCCCGAGACACCCGACGCCACCACCGCGGGGGGUUGGUUGCUUCUCUCCUCGAGGCACCCUGUCAACCAUGUACGGCGGCGACAGCGACAACAGCGACGGCGGCAGCGAUGACCGGCGCCGCGGCGACACGCUGGACUUCCGGAACCUGAAGGUGGUUUCCGCCGUGGGGCGCGGCGCGAAGGGAGUGGUGUUUCUGGCGCGGCCGUACGGCGCAGCGGCGGGUGGCGGGGAGUGGGUGGCGCUGAAGGUGGUGUCGAAGGCGCUUCUUAGAAAAAAGAACAAAAACGGCUAUGGCGGGUGCAAGAGGGUGUCGUUCGAGAGGCACAUACUGCGUCAUUUGGAUCACCCCCUUUUUCCGCGGUUCCGUGGGGCCUUCGAGACGGAGCAGCUCACGGGGUUCGCCAUUGAUUAUUGCCACGGUGGAAAUCUGCAUUCUCUCAGGAAGAAGCAACCGGAGAAAACGUUCUCUGAAAAAAGCAUAAGGUUUUACGCAGUGGAAUUGGUUCUAGCAUUGGAGUAUUUGCACAACUUUGGAGUAGUGUAUAGGGAUUUAAAGCCAGAGAACAUCAUGAUCCAAGAAACAGGUCACAUAAUGCUUGUGGAUUUUGAUCUCUCGAAGAAGCUAAAGCUAAAGUCAAACUCAUCAAGUUGCAACUCGUCACCGAAUUCUGACUCGUCAUCAGAGAAGGAGAAGAGAAAGCGACAAAUAUCGCGGUUCAAUUGUUUUUGUCACACAGGAAUGUCCUUGUACGACUUGGAUAUUCCAAGUCAACUCGAUACGAUCCCGACACGUCAAAGCUUAUCAGAUUUGUUGGAGAAGUCAAACUCAUUUGUGGGAACCGAGGAUUACGUGGCACCCGAGGUUAUUUUAGGUCAAGGACAUGACUUUGGAGUUGAUUGGUGGUCAUUGGGAAUUGUUUUGUAUGAGAUGCUUUAUGGGGCGACGCCGUUUAAGGGCGCUAAUAGGAAAGAAACGUUUCAACGAAUUAUAACCAAAGAGCCAGAUUUGAUGGGUGAAACGACGCCAUUGAAGGACUUGAUCAUCAAGUUGCUUGAGAAAGAUCCUAAUCGUAGGAUUGAGGUUGAUGAGAUCAAGAGUCAUGAUUUCUUUAAAGGCGUCAAGUGGGACACGGUGUUGGAAAUUGCACGUCCACCAUAUAUUCCUCAAAAUGAUCAUGAAAUCGAGGAUUUGAUAGGAUUUUCGAAAAAAGAUGUGGAAUCUUUUGUUCAUGGGAUAUUUUUCCCCAAGAAUAAAAGGGAGAAAGAUAAAACAAAUGAAGGAGAUAAAAAUGGGAAUACAAUUGAAAGUCGAAAAGACGAGGAUAAUAAUCACAAUAAUAAGAAUGUGUGGGUUGACAAGUUGAAUCAAGAUUCCAUUAAGGAUGACAAUUUUUUAGUUUUUUAAUUUGAUGAUUUUUCCUUACAUAUUUUUGUUCAUCCUACAUGUAAGUAAAUCUUAUGUUUCGGUAAAA